AUGCGUACCGAGAACUCAUUCGACGAGAAGGAGGUCUUCAACAAGAAACUCGGUCCAAUCAAGAACGCCACGAUAGCCGUAAUUCGAUCCAAGCAAUGGAAAGAUGCUGAAAGUUUUGAAAAGCAAUUUUGCCAAAAGACAGACGAAAAGGUAAUUUCAAUGUUACAGAUUCUCGAAGAACAUGGACAGAACUUGUUCUACAUGCCGCACGGUAUUACUAUCGACGAGAAGGGAAAUUAUUGGGUUACUGACGUCGGAAGCCAUCAGGUGCACAAGCUAGACACGUCUUUCCGCCCCAUCUUGUCAUUGGGAGAGAAACUCGUUCCGGGCAAUGAUGGAAGCCAUUUUUGUAAGCCGACCGACAUCGCCGUGGCGAAGAAUGGUUAUUUCUUCGUCGCUGACGGAUACUGUAACAGCCGAGUGCUCAAGUUUGAUCCCAGCGGAAAACUCGUCGACAGCUUUGGAGCCGCAGGUGGUGCGUAUUUAAUGUAUUUAUUGAAUUCUCAUAACAUUGGUAGUUUUGAACGCGCUUUCAAAAGAAACUCGCUAGCUCAGAACAAAUACGCAUGA